AAAUAAAAUAUGAUCAAUUAUUCAGACUCGUGCGAGUUCUAUUUGUAAAACUAAAGAGGCAGAUCAAUAUACGAGAAGGUGAUUAAAAGAUGAAGUUAUUUUCAUAUCUUGAAUCUGACAAGCAACUUAUGCGAUGGUGGUCUUUGUACAUCGCACGCUUCAUUAUAGCUUCUUAUCAUUACCAUUUGGCUUCUGUUAUCAGUGUUGGGACUUGAAGAAUUGGACCCAUUUCUUGUAAAGUUGGGGUCCUUGAUUUCAACUUUUGUACCGUAACAUAAUUUCUGGAUUUUUGGUUUAUAUACUUGAAAAAACUUGACACAAAAUUCGACCUACUAAGUUACAGACACGGAGCCAUACCUGUUUGAUCAAAGAGGUUUACAGCAUUCCCCCCCCCUUCUUUAUGUCAACUUUCACUUUCUUAUAUAUACAGGCUGUUCUAUGAAACUUGGUCUGAUUUUCCACUUGACUUCAAUAGUAUAAAAAUCCUCAAUAAACUACAGAGCAAGUGGUUCAUUGCGGCAGCAGAAGACAAUGAGUAAAAUACCUCCCAGAGUUUUUCUGUUUCUGUUCUGCAACCUGCUUUAUUCUUUCGUUGUCCACGCCAUAGCCAAUGGUACCAACAGCAAAACGCAAGUUUUCAAGGUUGGCAGUGCUAGAAGUUGGGGAAAAGGCUGUGAUCAAGGUUUGCCUCACUGUAAGCAACAGAUAACUCCUCGGCCAUCAUCUCUUUUGCCUGUUGAAGCAGAGGUUUUGAUAUUUGAAGACCUGAGGCUUGCAGUGGUAUACCCCGUGAUUCAAAAAUUCAAAUCAAUUAUCACCUCGGAUCCUCUAGGUAUCACUAAAACAUGGGUUGGAUCAGACAUAUGCAGCUACAGAGGCUUUUACUGUGACAACCCACCGGAUAACAAGUCUGCCACGGCUCUUGCAUCCAUCGACUUCAAUGGCUUCCAACUUGGUGCACCAUCCGUUGAUGGCUUCCUUGAUCAGCUCCCAGACAUUGCUGUGUUUCAUGCCAAUUCCAACAACUUUGCAGGCACCAUCUCCACGAACAUUGCCAAGCUUCCUUACCUAUACGAGCUCGAUGUGAGCAACAAUCUAUUAUCUGGUCCUUUUCCUACUGCUGUUGUGGGUAUGAACAGCCUGACCUUCUUGGAUCUUCGGUUCAAUUUCUUCUCUGGGUCGGUCCCAGCUCAAAUCUUCGUGCAGGACCUUGAUUUUCUCCUCAUCAACAACAACAAUUUCAUGCAGAAUCUCCCGGCCAGUCUUUCCAACACACAUAUUCUCUAUCUCACAUUGGCCAACAACAAAUUCAGCGGUCCAAUUCCAGGCGGUAUUGUUAAAGCUUUGUCUUCUCUAACCGAGGUUCUGCUAUUAAACAAUUCAUUAUCAGGGUGUUUGCCUUAUGAGUUGGGAUCACUUGAUGAAGCGAUAGUUUUUGAUGCUGGCAACAACCGAUUGACAGGACCAAUACCCUUUUCGCUGGGUUGCCUAAAGAAUGUGGAGCAGUUGAAUUUUGCAGGAAAUCUACUGUAUGGUAUGGUGCCGGAAGUGGUCUGUGGGCUUGGAAAUCUGGUAAAUCUAUCUUUGUCGGACAAUUAUUUCACAGUUGUUGGGCCUCUCUGUCGGAUUUUGAUAGGGAGAGGAGUAUUAAAUAUUAGGAACAACUGCGUUCCAGAUCUGCCUUUCCAGAGACCAAUUGCUGAAUGUGCAAAAUUCUUGGCAUUUCCAAGAAUCUGCCCUCGCAUGUGGUCUUAUACUUUUAUCCCUUGCAUGCUCCCUCCCUUUAAUCCUCCUAUUUCCUACAUUCCCAAAUAUU